AGUAUUCUGUCUUCUGUCUUGAGAUUGAGAAGUACAGAAAGCAGCCCUUCGUUGUUCGUCAGGAAAAAGAACAAUGCAGCACGUAAUCCUUUGCCUGCAAAUCUCUCUGCUACUCUCCAGUUUCUCCUAUUCGAUGCAAGCCCAGUACACCUCGAUCUUUAGCUUCGGCGACUCCUACACAGACACCGGCAACAAGGUCAUCCUCUACGGCCCGGCGGCGGCGGAUCUGUGGAUCAACAAGCCGCCGUUCGGGAUGACCUUCUUCGGCCAUCCGGCCGGGCGCCUCUCCGACGGCAGACUGGUCAUAGAUUUCAUCGCCCAGGCACUGGGGCUACCUCUCCUUCCGCCCUCGCUGGCGAAGGACCAGAGCUUCAAGCAAGGCGCGAACUUCGCCGUGGCUGGCGCCACGGUGCUGAAGACGAGCACUACGAGCCCAGCGCUCUACCCGCAGCUGGCCGUCGCCGGCGGUGCCGUGCCUCCUCCGAACAACAUCUCCCUCGCUGACGAGCUGGGCUGGUUCGACGCCAUGAAACCCGCGCUCUGCGGCUCACCCCAAGCAUGCAAGGACUACUUCGCGAAGGCGCUGUUCGUCGUGGGCGAGCUGGGCUGGAACGACUACGGGGUCAUGGUGGUCGGCGGCAAAAGCGUCGCCGAAGCGCAAUCCUACGUGCCUCAGAUCGUCGCAACAAUCGUCGCUGCCACGGAGAAGCUGAUCAACGACGGCGCCACGACGGUCGUGGUGUCGGGGAUCUCGCCGAUGGGCUGCGCGCCAGGGAACUUGGUGCUGCUGGCGAGCCAGGACCCGGCCGACUACGAGCCCGACACGGGGUGCCUCAAGGGAAUGAACGAGCUAUCUAGGGACCACAACGCGCAGCUGAGCCAGGCGCUGACGACGCUGGGCGGCAGGUACCCCGGCGCGCGCGUCACCUACGCCGACCUGUACGGCCCCGUCAUCGCCUUCGCGACCGCGCCGGCGCGCUUCGGCUUCGACUCCGCGCUGAGGGCCUGCUGCGGCGGUGGCGGUGGCAAGUACAACUUCAACCUGAGCGCCGCGUGCGGGAUGCCCGGCGUGGCCGCCUGCCCGAACCCGUCGGCGUACGUCAACUGGGACGGCGUCCACCUCACCGAGGCGGCGUACCACCGCGUCGCCGAUGGCUGGCUCAGGGGACCCUACGCCAACCCGCCCAUUCUCGCCACGGCGUAGCGAACUAGGCGACGUGGAUGCGUGUAUUAAUUCAAUUUCUUGCGGCCGGGAAUCACGUAAAUAAUUUGCUGAGUUUUGUGUCUGAUCGUCUGAUUCAUGAGCCACGUACAAUUUCUCUAUAUAAUACGUAUAAUUAUAUUAUGUGUUCGUGCA